UUUCAAAGAAAACGAUUGGGUGUGUAACUAUUUUAGUGUAUUUUAUGAAUGAAACGCUUCAAAAAUAUUGAUAAAGAUCAAAUCAUUUGAAAAAAUGAAUACGCUUGACAAACAACUGGCUGAUUUAAGAAUAUACGCAAAUGAAUUGGAUGCUAAACUGCAAGAUGACAUUAAUGCAGCUAAGUUGAAACCCUCUAUACCACCGAAAAAGAGCAAAGCACCACUACCACAAAUACCUCAAAGCUACACUGUUAAGUCUGCAUGUGAACCUUCCUAUUCCUCUAGGCUAGAGUACGGAAGUCGUACUAGCUCUACAUAUUCAAAUUUGGUGCCAGUAAAAAGUUGUAUUGUUAGGAACACAGCCAGAGUGAGGAGUGGAGAUGUGCUCCUUUACAGCAAUCUUUUGCCGCCUGGAGGCACAAAUCACGUUUAUUCGAACGUGCCUGUUCAACGCAACGUUACGGAGAGUAUCUACGGUGGAGCAGCUGACACCAGAUCUGAUGUAUCAAGGAUAAGCGAUUUAGGUGCCCAGUCCAAUUAUAGUGAGCUGCGUCGACCCGGUUCCGCGUACCCACCAUCGUCGGCAUCUGUGAAUGCUCAAGACUUCUCUACUUAUGGUGGAUCUCAAACCUCAUCAACCUAUGAAUCACUUUAUGAGCCUAUCAACCCAAGACCCUGCAGUCAGUUGUCUGGGACUUCCCUGUAUGGUGGUUAUGUUGGAACCACCACUGAGCCCACACCUGAGCCUGAUGAGGAGCUUUAUUGUGGUAAUUGUUAUCGCUGUGGUGAGAAGAUUAUGGGGGAAACAACUGGAUGCACUGCUAUGGAGAGGAUUUACCAUAUCAAAUGUUUCUGCUGCCAACAUUGUGGUAUAAACUUGCAGGGCCGUCCAUUUUAUGCAGUUCAAGGGAAGGCACUUUGUGAACGGGAUUACUUGGAAACAUUAGAAAAAUGCUGUGUAUGUGGUGACCCAAUACUGGAUCGAAUACUGCGAGCCACUGGUAAACCGUACCACCCAAGAUGCUUCACUUGUGUUGUAUGCCAGAAGAGCCUCGAUGGGAUACCAUUUACAGUUGAUGCUGUUAACCGUAUUCACUGCAUUGAAGAUUUCCAUAAAAGAUAUGCGCCACGUUGUGCCAGAUGUCGCGAACCAAUCGUACCAGAAGGUGGUGCUGAGGAGACUGUCAGGAUUGUAGCACUGGAUAAAAGCUUCCACAUUGCUUGCUAUGCCUGUGAGGACUGUGGAGCCUCACUUUGUUCACGUCAAGAAGGACGCGGUUGUUACCCACUAGACAACCAUCUUUACUGUAAAGAGUGUAAUGCGAGAAGAAUCCAGGAAAUAACCAGGAACAUUAGCUAAAUAUUUACACUGUUGGAAUUGAGUGCAAUCGUAUUGUAGUGCAGUAGUGUCCACUUUAUUGUUAUGCUUCAGGGAGUUAAAUAGAACUACCUCAAAAAUGAUCUGAUAAGCAUGAUUUUAGCGUAGUGCGCCUAAUUCUUGAUUGUAGUUAAGAAUAUAUAACCUGAUAUCCACUGCUAGAUAUAUUUAUUACAUUUACAUUAAAAAUAAUUAUGUUUUGGAAAAGUUUUCACAUUAAAAUGAAACUUUUUACAACAUCUUUAAGUUUAUUACAUAAUUUAGACUUUUGGACACCUUUCCGUGGCUAUCAAAUCUAAAACACUUUCUUCCAGAAAAUGAGCUUGUAAUUAUGAUUUCACUGCCUUUCAGUAAUAAGGAACCGAAAAACUCAAUACACAUUCCUAUAUGCAUUUAGAAUAUUGAUAAUUUGACAAUGGCUGUGUAGACAUAAGUAUGUAACAAUAUUAGUUUUAAGUACAGUUAAAUCUGAUUGAUUAUUUUAAUUAGGUACAAACUUCACAGUCAAGUACAGUACAAGUUACUACACCUCAAGCUGAUCUGAACUUUAAUGAUUCCUUCUUAAGUCUGUUGAAAAUUUUUCACAAUGUACCUUGUACUGUUGACUGUGUGCUGUUUGUAUGUGUGAAUAAUUUCUUUUUGCUACGUUUGUUUUUACAGAACUUCUAGCUAGGUUCUUACACAUGUUGACCUAAUAAUUAAGAAGAAACAAUAUUAUGCCUGCCUAUACAAUAUUUUAUAGUCUCAUUACAACCUGUAUUAUUGUAAGAGCGAGCCUAAUUAAAAACUUUAAAUAUAAUUCUUAUCUAAGUUUAAGUAUUCUACAAACUUAAUUUUGUAUUUGAUUUUUUGAAACAAGAUAGUAUUAAAUUGUAUGCUUAUUAUUAAAGUGCCAUGAUGUAUUAUUGUGAAGCUGUGUACCUAAAAUGUUUGUAUUAAAUGUGUACUUAAUGUUGUAGAUAUAGAAAACGUAUGUUUUGUGUAUGUAUGUAUGUACCUACUUAGUUAAAUGACCUUGUUUAUAGCAUUUUUCACAUAAUAUUUUAACACAUGUUAAUGUGUGGUUUUUAAGUAAAGAAAAUAUACUUUAAUUGUAACUGCUAUAAGUUGCAUGUUAGUUUUUUUACUGUACUGUACUUUUUGUUUUGUUUUUGAAUCAGUAAAUAUAGUUUAAAUCAUUAAAACUUUUUAAAAACACAUUCAAUGCGAUUCAACUAAGAAUAGGACCGACUGGGUGCCAUAUUGUGACGUCAUAGCUGUCAAUUCAAACCAGUCAAGUAGAGUGAGCAAAAAGCUUUUCUUUAAUAAAACUUAUUUGCCAAGAUUAUGUAAAAAAUAUAUCAGAUUUUUAUUUAUAAGUAUUUAUUUAUUAAGACUGAGUGAGAAAAAUCAUUAAUCAGAAUCUAGCUUUUUAAUUCAGCUCAUCUCGGCAGUACCAUCGGAGUAGUCUGCAUCAUCACUGAUUCUUUCGGCUAUAAAAUAAAAUAUCGAUAAUUGUAGGUUUUAAAACGACAAUUUUAUUUAAAAUAGAAACGGUCUUUUUAUUUAUAAUAAAACUAAAGUUCUUCUUUUUCCCUUUUCUAGUACUCAUUUUCUAUACGUUUCAAAUGAUUUAUUUCCUUCUUUUGUUUACAAAUGUUUGGUAUUUAUUAUAAGAUUAGCUCGGUGCUAAAAAACCGUACUUUUCAAGCAACGUUUGGCAGACGGAGGUCAUUGGCUUGCCUAUUCUUAUUGGAAUCGCAUAGUACCAAUAUUUCGAUCAAGAAUGGUGGGAUUUUGUUCCCACCAUUUUUGUUUGUUGUUGGGUAGGUAAUAGCCCAUCUUGGGUUCUGUUAUCAACCAACUCGUUAUCAUAAUUAUCCCUAACUGACACAUAAUAUUGGAAAUAGAUCAGGUUUGAUCCUUAAUUUAUAUAAAAAAAACUUUUUAGUGAAGAUUUUAAAGUUAAUGGCUUGCUUCAUAAGGUUCACUUUGUCUUCUUAUAGCCACAGUCGCACAGUGAACCUAUUUUGUACACGUAUUUAUACCAUAACCAAAUUAUAUUUCCCUUCUUUGUAUUUUUGUAUUUUGGAUGAUAUUUAGCAUGUUAUAAACUUGUGUACCUAUCGUGUACAGCAUGUUAGUUCUAGAUAUCAAUAUAACAUUAAUGUGUACAAGUUCCAAAUAAAU